GCGAACGGAUGUGGAGGCCAUCCAACAUGGCGGCGCGCGGGGCCGCGGGUUUCUCGGCGCGGAUUUGAAGUCGUUCUACCCCCCCCGCGUCCUCCCUCCCCCAGCGCUUCGGUCUCGCCGCUGAGAAUUACUCUCGGCGUUUCUUCCGCACUGGAAUAAUUUGACGCGGAGUUGUGGCUGUUACCGGUUUAAAAAAAAUGGUACCGUAUUUUUUUUCUGGCACUCGAGCCGUGUGCGGCUCGGACGACUAUUUGUGUUGGGGGGGGGGUCCUCACAGCGCAAAAUGAAUCGUGCCCCGGGCGGGGUGGCGUUACCUUGGGUAACGUGGGGAUUACUUCGAGGUAACGCGGGGAUUACUUCGAGGUAACGCGGCGAUUACAGUGGGUUAACGUGCAAACGAGCGCCCGAUUAUCAGUAUGUUUUGCCGUAGUGGUUAGCGUAGGGAUGGCACCGUGUGUUAUAACGCGAGGUUACAAUGGAGUUAACCACCGGGUGUACAUCGAAUUAUCAUGAGGUUAGCACGGAGUUAGCGCCGAGUUUAACAACACCGGGGGGGUUAAUACGGUUACAACAUUGGUAUAUCACGGGUUAGCAUCUGGUCAACGCGGACUUGCCACAGGGUAUAGGACGACCGGGUUAUGAGGUUCGUACGAUGUAAACGCCAGCUUUAUUGGCAAGUCCCCUUUGUCAAUUCACUGCUGCCCGAAGGCUUCGUCACGUAAUCGGCUCCGAGUAGGCAUUACCAUACUUCACCACGCUGGUCAAUGCGGAUUUCUGGAGUGCGGCCUCGUUGUUAACGUGAGAUUAAAACAAAGGGGCUACAAGUUCGAUCAGUAAGGGUCAUGUUUGGUGGGGUAAAGUGUGAGUACUCUCACCUCCCCAUGACGUCUCAUCAACUUUGGAAGAAGCCAAAAACAAUUUGGAGGGGCUCCGUAGAAGCUCCCUUUAGUUGGAGGCACUCUUCACCAGCAGUGGCGUGAGCAACUAAUUGCAGGGGCAGGUACUGGCGUGGCAUUCUGAUGAUGUACCAUGAGGAAGACAAGCUGGAUGUGAGACUGUCGGGACCGGGAUCGGAGAAAACCAUCAGCAGCAGCAACGACGGCAGCAGCAGCAACAAACAGACUGGUCAUGGGAUUAUAUCCAGUCAACCUCCUGCUGCCGUCCACAGCGCUCAGCCUGCACAGCAGGAUUCUUCAGAAGCCAUGGGCGUUCACAGACCUGUGUUGACCUCGACAGACCAGCACGGCAUUCCCGGGAUGAGCAGAGAUUCCGACGCGUCUCAAAAUGCAAACAUCAUUCCAGGAACAAGUCCAGAGUUUAAGGAGGAACUGUUGUCCACGCGACUUCUCGAACCUGACCAAACACUAACAUUAGAUUCCCAACUCCAAACCCACGUCUGGCAGAGCAUUCAGAGUCCUUGCGUAAAGAAUCGGUCACCAGAAGUCAAUGCGGCUCUCCUGGAGACUGGUCAUGAGUUGUCAGAGGCAUGUUUUGCAGAGCAUGUCCUGGACUCGCCAGUGGCUUAUCGUUUACAACAUUCCCUGAGCGAAUGUCCCUCAAACCAAAUAGAAACUGUCGUAGAGAAUUCACUUGAAGUGGUGCAGGAGGAGUGUUCUCUGUCCAGCUUCGAGAAUUUUUUGACCAAAGCAGACUUGCCAACAACGCUGGAAAGCGGCGAGUUGGGAAGCUUGCAAGAAGAUUUCGUUGUGUCACAUGACAUGGAGCAAGAUAAUCCAACUUCAGAACAGCUGACGAGUACAGUGACCAUUUCUGAACCGCACAGCACUUCUUCCUCCGUGUGUCCGGAGGAAUCCGGCGAUGUGAAAAACAUAGAGCAGGCAGUCGAACUUCUAGAGAAGAGUCGACUGAGCGGACUGAUCUGCGAACAUAACCAGAGUGAAAUGCAAAAGCUGCGGGUGAUACACAGGGAGCAGGUGAGCGAGCUAUACUUUUUGCAACGUGGAGGCAACAUGGUGGACCUACAGAUCUUUCUGAAGAAGCCGCCGCCUCAGCCACUGCAGCUCUUUCUGCAGGAGAAGAGCCUUGAUGACGCGGAAGAGGAGGGCUCUUCAGAAACCAUUGCUGCUUCAAGUGGCCAUGCCGUCGGUAUCCAGCACCACCAUGCAGCUGCUGUGCUGACUUCUGGCAAUUCAGAAGGACCAACUAUUCAUAACACUACAUCGUUAGCAAAGCAGGCAUCUCCAGAAGGCAUUGGUCCUCUACGAAGUAGCAGCCGAACUGCCGCGCUGGUUUCAUCUCCUGGGUCAACGCGGGUGACGCGGCAGCACUGCUCACUCACUUGGGAGGCAGGGUCGACCGGUGUCCCUGUCAGCAGAAACCUGCAGACCUCCCUGCCUGGCAGCCACAGCACUGGGGCGAGGGGGCACGCGUCUUCGCAGCCGCGAUCGCUUUCCAUUUCCUCCGUUUGCGCCUCCGCCAUUGAUGGCAAGGACGACAUCGCUGAGCGGGCAAAGCAGGAAGCAGAUAUCCAGCAGCGGGUGGCACACCUCAAGAAGGCCGGCCUGUGGUCACUCAAGAAACUCACUCGGGUAACUGAGCCACCCAGACCCAAGACUCACAGAGACUAUCUACUUGAAGAGAUGCAGUGGCUGGCGGGGGAUUUCGCCCAGGAGCGCCGGUGGAAGCGUGCGCUCGCUAAAAAGCUGGCCCGCACUGUGGUGCGCUUCCACGAGGAGCAAAAGCAGAAGGAGGAGAGGGCCAAGAAGGAGGAGCUGUCCAAACUUCGCCGCAUCGCUGCCAACAUUGCCAAAGAAGUGAAGUACUUCUGGACCAAUAUUGAGAAGGUGGUGCAGUUUAAGCAGCAGAGCCUCGCAGAGGAGAAGCGCAAAAAGGCCCUGGACAAGCAGCUGAACUACAUCGUGGAUCAGACUGAGAAGUACUCGGACUGGUUGAGCCGUGGCCUCAACAACUCCAUAGCUACUUCUCACACGGGGUCCCUUUCCUCGAGCCCAGCACGCACGGAGGCCGAGGAUGGGGACUUUGAGCCGACGGAUGAGUCCGAUGACGAGGAGACGAUCGCGCAGGCGGAGCGGGAAGAGGCAGCGAGCCGCGAGGCGCGGCGCCGCGAGAUUGAGCUGCUGCGGCGCGAGGGCGAGCUGUCGCUGGAAGAGCUGCUUCACUCGCUGCCUCCGGAAAUGCUGGCGUCCCCUUGGCGGAGCGACUUCCGCGACGGCCGCAUCGGCAGUCGCCAGCACGGCCGGCGCCGCUCGGGCAACCUGCACGCCAACGGCAAGGCGUGGACGCCCACCCGCCGGGAUGACGACGACGACGACGAUGAUGGGCAACUAGAUGAGGCUCGCUGCGCCAGUGAGGAGGGGGACGUUGAUGUUGACGAGGACACGGAGGAUGACAGUGUGAAGGAGGGCAGCGGGCACGGCAAGCGCGGCGACUCUAUUACCGACGACGACGAGUUUGAUGCAGAGGAUGAGGAUGAUGAAGAUGUGGAAGAGACGAUCGAAGAGCAGGAAGGGGUGGAAGGCACUGCCAGUUACCAGCAGGAGCUGGACGAGCUCGCGCGGGAAGGAGAGAUGCCUCUGGAAGACCUCUAUAAAAUGUAUGCAAGUGCAUAUGAAGAGCAGGCAGAUGAGGUUGUGUCUGAACCCCCAUUAAUUGUGGAGGAUGUGGGGGAAGAGGUAGAGGUGAAGGAAAUGGAACCAAAAAGCCAAAAAGAAGUGAAGAAUGACGAUAAUAAACCAGAGAGUGUAGAUUCUCCCACCGUUUCAAACCGAGAUGAGAACGAGGAUCAAGAGAUGGAGGGCGAUGAAGAAGGAAGCGACCUUGGGAUGAAGUUCCUUGUCACGGACGACAAGGAACCACAGUCCCAGGCUGCUGAGGAAGGUGCUGAUGGUGUAGGCCCCAAGAAAGAAAUAACGGAUAUCGCAGCUGCAGCUGAGAGCCUGCAGCCCAAGGGUUACACGCUGGCGACCGCACAGGUUAAGACUCCUGUGCCUUUUCUGCUGAGGGGCUCCCUGCGUGAGUACCAGCACAUCGGUCUCGACUGGCUGGUCACGAUGAAUGAGAAGAUGCUCAAUGGGAUUCUGGCUGAUGAGAUGGGCCUGGGAAAAACCAUCCAGACCAUCGCUCUGCUUGGGCACCUGGCCUGUGACAGAGGAAACUGGGGUCCCCAUUUGGUCGUGGUGCCAACGAGCGUCAUGUUAAACUGGGAGAUGGAGUUCAAGAGGUGGUUUCCUGCGUUUAAAAUCCUCACCUACUAUGGCGUACCCAAGGAGAGGAAGCAAAAGAGACAGGGCUGGACCAGGCCCAAUGCGUUCCACGUGUGCAUCACGUCCUACAAGCUGGUGCUGCAGGAUCACCAGGCCUUCCGCCGCAAGAAGUGGAAGUACCUCAUCUUGGAUGAGGCUCAGAAUAUUAAGAACUUUAAGUCUCAGCGAUGGCAGUCACUGCUUAACUUCAACAGCCAGCACCGGCUCCUGCUGACAGGGACGCCGCUGCAGAACAGCCUCAUGGAGCUGUGGUCUCUCAUGCACUUCCUCAUGCCGCACGUGUUCCAGUCGCACCGCGAGUUCCGCGAGUGGUUCUCCAACCCGCUCACAGGCAUGAUCGAAGGCAGCCAGGAGUACAACGAGAGCCUGGUCAAACGUCUGCACAAGGUUCUGCGUCCCUUUCUGCUGAGGAGAAUAAAAAUGGACGUUGAGAAGCAGAUGCCAAAAAAGUACGAGCACAUUGUGCGGUGCCGCCUGUCCAAGCGCCAGCGCUACCUCUACGACGACUUCAUGUCGCAAGCCACAACAAGAGAGACUCUGGCGAGCGGUCACUUCAUGAGUGUAAUCAACAUCCUCAUGCAGCUUCGCAAAGUUUGCAACCACCCCAACCUGUUUGAUCCUCGGCCAAUCACGUCGCCCUUCAUCACGCAGGGCAUCUGCUACACCACUGCCUCGCUCGUGUUGACCGCGCUGGAAUACGAUCCCUGGCGGCAUGUGGACCUGUCCAUAUUUGAUCUGGUGAACGCCGAGAACCAGCUAUCGCGCUAUGAGGCCGAGGUGUUCCUGCCCAACCGCAAGGUGACUCGAAAGCUGAUCGAGGAGAUCUCCACUGCGCCAGACCCCCCGCCCCGGCCCAAGCCCGUCCGCAUGAAGGUUAACAGAAUGGUGCAACCGGUGCAGAAGUCAGAGGGCCGUACGGUGGUCAUGGUCAAUGCACCCAAAUCACUGGUGCAGAACAGCCUGCAGAAACCUCUGCCUUCUACCGCCACAGACGGGAUUGUACCCACAGCUUCUCCGGCUGCUGUGGCACAAAGGCUGAUCGCGGGGGUUAGCACAGAGCAGUUGCCCUCACUGGGCCUGCCUCAAAGGCUUCUGCAAGGCGUGGUACCGGAGGUGGCGGGGGCUGCGCACGUCUACUCCGUGGCCGUGGGACAGAAGAGCGUCGGUGCCGUGGAGCGAAUGGCUUCUCCAGCGGUCGUGGUGCAGAGGCAGGCGCUGGGCGCCAUCAUUGACACGACCCGGCCUGUGGCACCGCUCGCACAGCCCCCCGUGCCCGUGGCUCCCAGGCUGAUCUCGGAGCUGACGCAGCACGCGGCAUCCCCGACCUUGCAGAGACUCGCUCCAGGGAUUGCCAUCGAUGGAACCCAGGCCAUGCUGCAGGCACAGCGGGUCACUCAAGGCCUUACUGCAGAGGGGUCCCAGCUCACUGCUGCCGCUUCCCCCACCCUAUUGAGGCUGUCACAGGGCUUGGUCAUCGAUGGCACACAGCGCGCCCCCACCGUGCAUCUGCAGGGGCAGCCCCAGAUUCGACCCACCACCCACUUUGUAACCACCCAGGGAACUGCCUUGGCGCACGCCCCGCGCAUGUACGCCGCAGUUCCCAUACAGCAGCAUCAGGCGAGCGGAGGCCAAAUAAUUCGCAAUGCAGCUUCGGCUGUGAACCCUGCUGUCGCCACCACCUUGACCCCCACGUCCUCGCCCGUGAACCCUACUACCCCGCUGCGGCUGGUGACCCAGGCCAGCCACAUGGCGCCACUGGCAAUUCAGGGCCAGAGGGCCCAGCUCGUCACUGGGUACACGCUGCCCAGUGGAGUGGUGCAGCAGAGGGUGGUUCUGACCCCACACACGCAGGCACGGCUACCCAGCGGGGAAGUCAUCAGCAUCGCUCAGCUGGCCGCAUUGGCCAACAGCCAGGGCCAGGCAGGGCAGCCGCUCACCUUGCACAUCCAAGGCAACAAACUGACGCUGGCCUGCAGCCCAAUCCGUACCCUCACUCCCGGACCCCAGCACAUACACAUACAGGGUGGAGUGGUGCACAUGGUGAAACCCGUGUCACAGACACAGGUCCUUGCCCAGCCUGGCAACACCAAGAUUGGCAUGGCCACCCUACCCCAGCAGCAGUUGGCAGGUGCUGCCAUCUCUAUGCCAGCGAGAUCCAUAGCAGUUCCAGUUGCCACCUCUACUGGCUCAGCUGGCUUAGUUAGGCAGGUCGCUCCUGCUGCCGCCCACGCUGCUGCCGCCGCCACUGCCACCCUAGGCGCUGCCCCACGUCCCUCUACCGCCGCCGGCUGCCCGCCUGUGAGGCUUCCUUUUGUGCCUGCGCCGCACGCCCAGCCGGCCCGGAUGCUGACACAUAGCAGCGGCACCCCCCUGCUUAGGGUUCCCACGGUCACGCCGGUUGCCUCACCGCAGGUCGCCAAGCCAGGCCUAAAAGCCGUCCCCGCGGCUGUGCCGCUGACCAGGGGUCCUACGACCCGGAGCGUGGAUCGCAAGGCCACGGCCGAGGAGGCCCCGUCCAAACGCAAGGAUAGCGCUUCUGCCGCCGAGGCACCGGCGCCCAAAAAGCCGGCAAAGAGGUCACCGCUUUACUUGUUGAGAGUAGAGGAGCUGCGAGCUCAGCGGCAGGAGGAUCGGCUGGAGCGCAUUCACCGCAUCAACGAGGCGCGCUGCGCGCCCAAACCCAUCUACGGCACCGAGGUGUUGCGCAUGUGCGACCUGUCGAACAGCGCGGCGCAGCCGGGCUCACGGCCGCACCGCCACGAGGGCGCCUGGAGGUGGUCCGGCUACGUGCACUGUCGCAGCGUGCGGCAGUCCUGCAAGCCCAGCCACCCGGAUGUUUACUGGAGUCAAACGAGCACUCUGCAAAGUCUCUGCAUCAACUCGGAGCAGAGGUUGAGAGAGCUGAAAGAAAUAAUAGAAAGGUUUAUCUUUGUGGUGCCGCCCGUGGAGUCUCCGCCUAUCUCGCUGCACGCGCCCCACCCCCCGCCUUCCAUGCUGCAGAAGGAGAAGGCACUGUGGCAGCGUCUGCAUGAAGAGAUGUCGCCACGCUCAGCCGGCCUGCACCGCAUCCUCUGCAACAUGCGCACACAGUUCCCCGAUCUGCGACUCAUCCAGUACGACUGUGGCAAGCUUCAGACACUGGACAUCCUUCUGCGGAAGUUCAAAGCAGGCAGCCACCGUGUGCUCAUCUUCACGCAGAUGACGCGCAUGCUCGAUGUUUUGGAGCAGUUCUUAAACUUCCAUGGCUACAUCUACCUUCGGUUGGACGGCACAACGCGCGUCGAACAGAGACAGUUUCUCAUGGACCGCUUCAACGCGGACGCUCGCAUCUUCUGCUUCAUCCUGUCAACGCGGAGUGGCGGCGUAGGCGUUAACCUGACCGGCGCCGACACGGUGGUGUUCUACGAUAGCGACUGGAACCCCACCAUGGACGCGCAAGCCCAGGAUCGCUGCCACCGCAUCGGCCAGACUCGCGAUGUCCACAUAUACAGGCUUAUCAGCGAGCGGACCGUGGAAGAGAACAUCCUGAAAAAGGCCAACCAGAAGCGCAUGCUUGGGGACGUGGCCAUCGAGGGUGGAAACUUCACCACUGCUUACUUCAAACAGCAAACGAUACGGGAGUUGUUUGAAAUGCCGGUGGGCAUGGAGGAUGCCUCGAAGAAGGAGGCAGCAGAGGCGGUGCCGAAGCAAGCCCCCUCCACCGAGGAGGAUGGCGCCGUUCCCUCCAAGGACACCAACAUCCUGGAGCUGGCUUUGGGCAAAGCGGAGGAUGAGGAGGACAUCCGAGCAGCGAGCCAGGCCCGGGCUGAGCAGGUGGCCGAGCUGGCCGAGUUUAACGAGAACGCGGCCGACGACGGCGAGGAGGGUGGAGUGGGGGGAGAGGGCCGCGACGAGGAGGAGCCCUCCAAAGCCGAGGAGGAAAUCAAUGCACUCGUGCAGCAGCUGACUCCAAUAGAAAGAUACGCUCUGAAGUACCUAGAAGCGUCAAUUGCGGCCGAGACGGAGGAACCCAAGAGCACCAAGGAGCAAGCUAACGUUAGCAAGCAAGAUGUGAAGUUAAUAAAGGCCGACGAACCGAGAGGUGACGAUGCCGCCAAGGAAAUUCAAGCGCAGGAGACGCAGCCGGAAGACGACGCUCUUGCCAAGACGCGCAAGAGAGGCCGCCCGUGCCGUAGGUCAGACACCAGCCAGGCGGCAGAUUCUUCUCAGGAAAUUGACCAAUCUGACGCAGUUCUGAACGACAAAAGCGAUAUGACCAUUGACAAGCCGGAUUUUCGUGAACUGCUUGAAAGCGCGAGUAACUGCACACAAGAACUGAGUGAAGCGUCCGACCGAGCGUGCGAAAAUUUGCAUUCCCCUGCGAGCUUACAACAGGACACUGGCUGCUCCUUUGCCGAGCAAAAUUCAAAAGCAUCGGGCAGCGACUCGGUCAUGAGCGGUCAACCGGAGGAGAGCCAACCCGCGUCCGCUCUGAGUCAGGGUAGGGAGGAGCUUCAUGAUGCACACAAAGGAGACGUUUUGGAAGAAGGUGCCACAACAGAUUCCAUGAUGGGAAAUUGCUGUACCGCAACUGCCGUGGCUACUUCCCCGGUUGUCAGUGGCGUAAGGGAGCUUGACGAUUCCGAACGUAGUAUGCACAGUGUAAUAAUGCAUGAUGACGCAGCGGGUACUCGAGACUGCACAAAUGAAUCUCUUGAAAUCACGCCAGAAAAUCCCAAGCAACUUGAAGACAGCGCAGCAAAGUGCAUCGAUGCAUUAGAAACAUUGGAAAGCCCACAUUUUGACAAGGAAAAUCAAACUUCGCAUGCUACAAUUUCUGCAGAUAAUGAAUUCACGUCAACGAUAACAUCGCAAGAAUUGAAAUUUACAAAUGAUAUUUUGAAACAAACUGAUACUAUUUCACCCAAUUUGGAUGUGCCUUGCGUGAUUAAUGCUAACUGUGUAAAUCCAUCCGUAAGAGAUGAACAGUUAAACAGUCCAGUACUAUUAAUGGAAGACCCGUCUGAUAGUGCUUCACCGGUCGCCAAGGAUGUAGAACAAGCUGAUUUGCCAGCCGCAGGCAAUUUGGACGCAUCUGCUGAAAUCUGUAACAAUGGCUCCAGUCCUAGUUUGACUGUGAACGCAAGUCCGGGUACCCUGGAAGUGAGCACGCAGCGCGGUGAUUCCUCUCCCGUCACGGAUGCCGGUUUGACUGAUAAUUUAGAGGUGGUUAACAUCCAACAUCAGUCUCAUCCACAAGCAGAAGCAUUGCCAGCUGGCCCGGCAGAUGAUGGAUCUCGAGAACUGGAAGCAGCAGAAAUUGAGAAACCCCUUAAGCAAGUUCUGCACGAGGACACGCCAUCAGGUUGUGAUGCAGAGGACUCCAAACAUGCUGUGGUUGGUAGAGAGCUGCCUGAUGUUAAGCCCGUGUUGAAGGAAGAGAGGAUGGGUAAACCAGGCCGCAAGAGGAAAACCGAUUUGAAUGCCAUUGUACAAAGCCAUACGGAAUGCCAGGACAGUGCUACGGGCAAGGAGAAGCCAAGGAGCCCUAUAAGAACCAGGUCUGGCAUCAAAUCGCGCGAUACAAAAAGGUCGUCGGGCAUGCUGGGGGCAAGAAGAAGACUGAAUCUCAGGUCGAGUAGUCAAGAAGUAAACAAACGUGAAAAAAACAAGUCCGUGUCAAGGAAGGACUUGGAAACGCUAAAAAAAGCUGGUCAGUCAGAUGUCGUAAAGAGGAGAGUGGGAAGACCAGCAAAAAUUAAAAGCCCAAGUGAACAUAUCAAUAGUUCUGAUGGAGAAACACAGCUGUAUAAACACAACAUGACGGGCAGCUCACCUGGAAAAGACCUCAACCAAAGCAAUUCCGAUGACCAAGAACCCCAAGCUAAAAUUUUAUGUCGGCAGGAAGUAGAUUCUGAUGACAGAACAAGUGCAGAUGAGGCUGGCAUGCCGUCUUUACCUUCAGAGACUUGUGUAGAAGGCGGUCGGUCGAGUACCCCGACUAUCACCCGCGCCAGCCUCCGCCGUUCCGUGUUGUGCCAAUCGCCAGCCAGGACUGUAGAUAAAGCGACGCGUAAGAGACGGCGAUCGUCGCAAGCGGCGAGCGGCGACGAGCGGUUAAGCGGAAGCGACUCCCUCUGUAUCAGUGGCAGCGAUGUCGGUGCUGGCCGCACCCGGGGUGGCAGCAGCUCCUCUGCCAGCCGUCGGUCUCCCAGCCAAGCUGCUGCUGCUCUGAAUAGGCGAUUGACCCGUCAAGCGAUCCGUCGAGGGAUCGGAUAUUCUAGCGACACAACGGAGAGCGGGUAGCUCACAGCUGGGUCUCUUGCCGUUGUUAAAUGCGACCUGGGAAGUGAGUGCAGUUCCCUGAUAGUCUGCAUAUGUUGGUUCCACCAUCUCGUGACCAAUUAGUAACCGCUAGUGUUUUACCCAUGCCUGCAAGUGGUCCUUGGUGAAUCAUGAUAUGAAAAAAUUGGGCAGUGCCUCUUUGGCGACAAGUUUUGGAAACGCAUGGCGGGUAGUACAACAGGUCUAAAUUCAGUCUCAUUCCCUGAAACACUGCAUUUUAGACCUACAACUUUUACCAAAGGGGCCCAUCUAAGUCUUGAGCAAUUGGAAAAGUUGAGGUAUAAUGUGUGUAGCUUCGGCAGUGGGUCAGUUCCACUGUAUAGCUCGAGCUCGGAGACUCCCGCUUUUCGGCGCCAGGGGGCAGUGUUGGCAAAUCGAGGGAAGGUGGAAAGAGGUAAAUCUUUUUUCCUUCCUGUUGCAUGUGGAGCAGGGUUUAUGGGUGGCUCAUUGGCACAGGGCCAAGAGGCUGGCUGGAUGUGGCAGGGUGUUGUCUCAGCCAUUGUUCCUUAUAGGAGACGUUAGUAACGACACUGCUAUCAUGACGUAGCCCCAGAGUAAACGAUAAAGAACUCCCGCUGUUUUUCCCCUAUUUCUCGCAAGCGUUGAAGCUCAGGAUACCUGGAGCGAUGGAUGAGAGGGAGAAUUGGUGAUUUAAUAUUAUUUUUAGCAAUGAGAAUCUUAAGUUCUGUCCAUUAUGUAACAUUUGGGUCUCUAAUUACAUUGUGAUGCCUUGAUUUAUGUGCUGUACAAUCCUGUGUGUAGCCUAGGGUUAAAUAAAUAAAUGAAAAGCCUAACAUUGUCAUCAUGAAAUGUAGUAUUUUAGCGACACCCAUUGUAUGUGGUUGAACAUGUAAAUAUCCUGGCUGGUUACCAUGUGGCAUUUUCAAUGUUUUUUUGACAGGCCGACGGGCGUUUUAUUACAGAGUGGAGUCGCCGUACAUUGCUGACCGCUUUGUAUUGGCAUUAACCAUGUGCUUUUGGAAAUCGCCACAACGUGUAGUGACCUCUAGCUGUGUGUGUGUACCUUCAGAAUAUUUUGAUGCUGUAGUUAAUGUGCUCGCUGCUGGACUCUACCGCAAAACACGUUGUACAUUUUUCAAAGUUUAGUCAUGAAUAUACACCUCGUGACAAGAAAUGCAGGCACUUUUUUUGUGAUGGACCUUACUAUGUGCUUUGGUUUGGGUCUCGCUUUUUCUCUGUACUACGUGCUUGAAAGAACCAUUACUUGAUACCAACUAUGUUGUGCAAACAAAGUUGAAAUCUGUAUAAAUGGCUUGGUGAUUUUUUUUUUGGUUCCAUUUCUUAAAUUGUGUGAAGAGGCUGUGGCAGGCGUGGUCGCUUGUACAUCUUAUGUAUUAUAUGUUAUUAGAAGUGUUAUCUAUGCAACGUCUGUUUUGAUAAGAAUCUAACGGAAACUGCAGUAUUGGAAUCGCGAGACUGCAUUUUUGUGUGCAAAAGUAUCGAUUGAUAGAAAUGGCGAUGUUCAGAAAAAUGAAUGCGGUAUUAAAAUGUAAAUCCACA